UUAAAGACAUAGCGACAGCGCCAGUACCGCCCGGAAAUCGCAACCUCGCACACAAAACACUAACAAUGGCCGAGAAUAUCGCACAAUCCUUCGAAGCGCUGGCUUCGUCCCAGAACUUUGAGAAGUUGAUAUCAGCUCUGAAAGAUGAGUUUGAUAAGUCGAACAAAGCCGUCGUCACCCGCGACGAUGAGAUUGAGAAAUUACGGGGCGAGUUCGAUCUGUACAAGAAUGCGUAUAAGGCUGUGGACGCGCAGCUAGUGAUCAUGCGACGAGAGAAGGAGGAGGCUCAACUUUUGGCUGAGCAGGCACAGCUGUCGGUUAAGCAGGCCGAACGAGAGCUUGAGGAACUCAAGGAGUCCCAGGGCAAGGGGCGUCGUGUCUUCGUCCUCCUGGAUGGAGAUGGAGCGAUCUUCGUCAAUGAGCUGAUCAGUAGAGGACAAGAGGGCGGCCAUGCGGCAGCCCAACGCCUUCUCAAGUCCAUCACCGAGCAUCUUCAAGCUACGCUGGGCUCUGGCACGUACCAAGUCUGGGUUUACAUAUUUUUCAACAAGCGCGGGCUCACUGAGACCUUCGGCCGAGCGGGCCUCAGUACCGUCAAGGCGAAGUUCGAUGAGUUCGUCCUCGGAUUUAACCAGUCCGCUGAGCGCUUCAUGAUGCUGGAUGUUGGUAAGACCAAGGAAGCCGCUGACGCUAAGAUCAGAGUCCUUCUCGAAGACGAAAUACGCAUGCCGCAUACAGUUAGGAUCUAUUUCGCAGGCUGCCACGAUAAUGGCUAUGUUAAUACCCUGCGCUCGGUCAUCACGGCUGGGUUCAAGGAAAAGCUGGUCCUCCUUCGUGGCUAUUCCGACAUGGCUGCAGGCAUUACCGAGCUUGACCUCCCCGACUACACCAUUCCCGAAUUGUUCAGGCCGUCGAAGAUCACUAUCCCUUCGCGGAAGUCGAUCUCGCAGCAGCCGACGGAGGAUCUACCAGCGGCUGCCGUCAAGGUCGCCACCCCCGAACAUGAAGCUAGCACCCCGGCCGUAGUGAACGGCGCUACGCCGGCGAGCACGCCAGCGGCGCGCGCCCCCUCCCCUGAGACUGCCACCAAUCGUCCCGUGGCUGCUGUCAAGGCGGCAGGCGCGAGCUAUUCCACCGCUCUUCUGCAGCAGCGACGAGGGUCCAUCCCCAGGACCGCGUCCCCUGAGCGUGAGGAGCACAAUUCAGACCGCAGCGCUUCUCCAACAUGGAAUCCUACUAUCCAGAAGAAGAAGCUCAAUCAUAAUGUCCCCCUCUCGAAGAACAAGCCCCCGCCGUGCACCUUGUUCUACCUGGCCGAGUGCAAGUUCGGCGAUGAGUGCAAGUACGGUCAUCACUACGAAUUGACGCCAGAUGAUCUGGAGGAGAUCAGGCGAAACGCGAAGAAGGGCCCAUGCCCCAGCGUCAACAAAGACCUGGAAUGCCCCUGGGGCGACGACUGCUGCUACGGACACGUGUGCCCUGGAGGUCCCACUUGCUAUUUCUACAAGACGAGGUCGUGCAAGUUUAUAGGAGCCAACAUGCACAAGGCCCAGAAGUAAUCACGCCUGUUACGGUAAUGUUCAAUGUACUUUAACACGUUAUGCGCUUGUUUCCAAUAAGUUGCCACCUGUACGUUGCUGUACGCGUUCGGCGGAAGACGGUCUCCAUGCAUGGCUCU